GGGGGAGGUUAACAGUAGGUACAGCUCUGAGGAGGUAAGUACCGGGUGCUCGGAGGAUUGUGACCGGGGAGACGAUGGGCAGCGUGGACCUGGCGAAGCUGGGAGGCAUCCUGGUGAAGAAUUCCCUGACCGGGGAGACAGUUGAAUUGCAGUCCCUGUGGAGAGACUCCUCGAGCGUCCUGUUCUUCCUGAGGAGGUUCGGCUGUCAGAUUUGUCGAUGGACAGCAAAAGAAGUUUCCAAGCUGCAAGAAUCAUUUGGUGCCAACCAGAUACGUCUGAUAGGGAUUGGACCAGAGAGUGCGGGGCUGCAGGAAUUUGUGGAUGGGAAAUAUUUUGCCGGGGAAUUAUAUCUGGAUGAAUCGAAGCAGAGCUACAAGGAGCUGGGGUUCAAAAGAUACAGUGCUCUUUCUAUAGUUCCUGCGGCUCUUGGAAAGAAGGUCCGAGAUAUUGUUACCAAGGCAAAUGCUGAUGGGGUGCAAGGAAACUUCAGUGGAGAUCUCCUGCAGAGUGGGGGGAUGCUGAUAGUCAGUAAAGGAGGAGAAAAGGUUUUGCUUCACUUUGUACAAGAUUCUCCUGGUGACCACGUACCUCUGGAAACCAUAGUGACAACCCUAGGCAUUUCUGCAAAUGUGACAGAAGGACAGCGCCCUCAGUGUAACGAUGACGUGUGCACACGGUGAAUGAAGAAUCCAGGACCGCAGCCGCAGUUCACAGACAUGACAACAGAGAUGAUUGAACCUCAGAAUGUUUCUGUUGGAAACCUCACGCACGUACUGAUGCUCAUCCCAAUUCGGGUCCAAACAUUGCAUUUCCCUUCAAUCUGUUUCUAAUAAUUGAUGGCAACAGACUCACAAUGUCUUCAAAUUGGUUUGCAGACCUGUAGACCAUUACCUAGAGAUUAUUCAGAUGUUCAGAACGUUUUUCCUGCUGAUUUGAUAAUGAAUAAAGUAAUGUAAUGUCUCUGAAA